AUGGAUUUCUCACAAGAUACAUUAGAUGCAUCACUAUUGCUUUUCUCUCCGUUAUCUUUAUCGGCAUCUAAUGUAUCUUGUGAGAAAUCCAUUGAUUCAUUAUCAGUAGAUCCAUCGAUUUCAGAAGAUAAAACUUAUUCUCUAAUGAAGAAGCCAUUGGAGACAAAGAGCUUUAUGAGCAAUUUGAUUGGUCCACAUGACAAUGCAGAAAGAAUUAUUGAUAAAACUUCUAUUGAAUCAUAUGUCUCAGGAUCAGCUUUGUAUCAAGUGGAAGAUAUUUUAAGUAAUGAAAGCAGAGAUACAGUUUUUGAUAUUUUCAAUCAGUCAUUAUCUGAUACAAUAUGUUGCCACAAUUUCGACCAAUUUUCUAAUCAAUCACUUACUAAUGAAGUGAAUUUUACAGAAAAUUCUCAGCCAUAUCAUAUUAACAGUGAUAAAUAUAAUGACUUCAAAUCAGAAAUGAGGAAAUUUCAGUUGAAUAAAGUGUGGCCUGAUCAGCUAGAUAUUUUAGCAGGCCCACUUUUGGAGGAUGAUGAUGAUUGUUAUAGUGAAAAUAAUUCAUCAACUUGUGGAUCAGAAACAAAUAAGGUAACAGAUACCAAAACAAAUGGUGAAACAGCUUUAAUUUUGAAUAGUGCUAUGACAGCUGGGAUUGUACAGUUUGGGAUUGACAGAAAAAUGUUUCAUAUUGAUAGUAUUGAUUAUAAAAAUGAUAAAAUACAUAUAUAUAACAAAAGUUCUGAGUUGGGUAGGAUAAUCAAACUAUCAAGAGUUGAAGAUGAUGAUGAAGAAAUUGAUAUUGUAACUGUAGAUGACGAUAAUAAUAUUAAAGACAAUUCUCAAUCUUGUAUGAUAUUGAAAAGCAAUAAUAAUGAACAAAAACUAAUCAGUCAGGAAAGUAGAACUUUGCCAAUAAAUACAUUUAACAACAAAACUUCUAAUAAAGAUGAUUUAGAAAAUAAUAGGAUUGAUGAAAAUGAACAGUCUUUAUAUGAUUCUGAAAAAAGUAAUGAAACAGUUCUUGUAGCACCAGAUUUAAAUAGUCUCUUAGAACAGUUUGAAGCUACACAAGAAACAAAUGAACAUAAAGAUGAAGAAAAUGAAAAUAAAGAGUUUUCUAGGUUUGUAUUUUUAAUGUACUAAAAAGCAAUAUCAUAUUUAGAGUAAUGGAUAUAUUAAAAUUUCUAAUAAAGUUGGACCUGUCUAUCUUGAAUCUAACAAGGAGAAAAAAAAUUUGAGAUAGGCAGGUUUCAAGAUAUAGAGGUUUCUACACAGUAAACAGUAAUAAGUUUGAUUGGAGGUACAGUAUUUCACUAAUAUAAUAGCAAAUACAGUAUACACUUUAUACACUUGUAUUAGAUAUAAAUAAAACAUUUUUUACAUAAGAGAAAUAAUUUGUCAGUAAUUUCUGAUGACUGACUUUAAUUAAUAAAAUGGAAACCAAACUCAUAGCCAAUCAGAGAAAAGCAGCAUUAAUUGAAACUAUGUACUCUAUUGCAAGAGGUGUUUCUCAACUAUGUUUAUGCUAUCAAAAUGUAGUUGUAAUUGACACUUAAGUCCAUAAUUUGAGAUAGAGGUUUCGGGAGAAAAUUAUUUGAGAUAAACAUGAAAAAUAUAUUGAAUUUAAGCUGAAAAUGCAGAGGAAGAAAUGAAUUUUGAGAUAACAUUUUUGAGAUAGACAGGUUUAAUUGUAUUUGCUUUCUAUGUAAGGAUUUAAUGUUAAAGAAUCUUCAAAUACCGAAUUAGUAUAAAAAUAUCACUUACUAAAACCAAUAACC